AUGAUCCUCGUGAACGCUUGGGUGAUCCAUCGGGAUCCCAAAUUGUGGGAGGCGCCAGAGGAGUUCAGGCCGGAGCGGUUCUUGGACACUGCCAUGGUGACGGUCACCGCCCCCUUGCUGCCGUUCGGGCUUGGACGGAGGCGCUGCCCUGGGGAGGGGAUGGCAAUUCGUCUCAUGGGCUUGACACUGGCAGCGCUCCUGCAAUGCUUCGACUGGGAUGUAGAUCAAUGUGGUGCUGUUGACAUGACCGAAGGUGUCGGGCUGUCAAUGCCGAUGGCCAAGCCAUUGGCAGCAAUCUGUCGGCCCAGGGAGUUUGUCAAGAGUGUGUUAUCUGCUUCAACAUGA